UUUUGAUGUUCAUGAGAGGAACCUGAAAGCAUUCAGUGAACUUUGCAGAAUCAACUCAUGUUUUUAAAGUGAUCACAAUAAUUACACAACAACAACGACCGCAACAUACUCAGUAUAGUCCGAUAAAUGGAGUCAGGGGAGGGUAACGUGUAGAAAUUUAAUACUGUUAAUCUGGCUACUCUGUGUUGUUUUUAGGAAUUACAUUACAAGAGAAUCCCUUCUUUGUUGGAACAUCACUGAUUAAUUUAUUAUCUGUUAAAGAAAAUUAUGAAGUGGUUAACAUAUAUGGUGUAUGGUAAACUCUAUUGAAAGUGAAUAAACAUAAAAGAAAGUUCAUGUGUAUUAAAGCUUCCGCUAUGCACGGGGUUCGGGGAACAGUUCGGACCACAAGGUCUAUUGUACGCAACUGUACUUUGCGUUUUUGCUAGAGGCUGUUUUCACGUCUUGAACCCGUGACCUCUUGGUCAUAUGACAAAAACUUUACCAGUAACUCCAAGGCUCACCCUUCAUAAAAAAUUAAAGUAUAUAUUUAUCGAUCCAACCACUAUUAUUUUUCUUUGUUUUUGUUGGAGUGAAGGCACAAAAACUCACCUAAAGUAUCUUGAUUUUUGGAGUUUCAUACAUAAACUAUCAGGUGCAUGAGUGUUCUACCUGAACUAUCAACUGUUUAUUAUAACAAACCUCAACUAUCAAUUGCUUUUCCUACCUGAAAUAUCAUUAUUGUUGAAAUAUCACCAUUGUUCAGGUAGGAAAAGUGAACAAUUGAUAGUUAAGAUGUGUUUUGAUAAAUAGUUGGUGAGAGUUCAAGUAAGAAACCCGUACCCUUCAUAGUUCGGAUAUGAAACUCAAAAAACUGGAAUACUUAAACUGUGUUUUUUACCAUUAACUCUUUUUGUUAUCUGAGAAUUUUAAUUAUAGAUUUAUCUCACUGUGAUUACAGAAAUGUUUUAAACUUCAAGUUUUUGUUUUGGCUUAAUUAUCUGGUAUUUGAAAUUUGUUAGUCUGAUAAAUUUUGUUUUCAUGUUGCUUAAGCUAAUUAAAGGGGGUAAAAACUCUGAUAAAUUUUGUUUUCAUGUUGCUUAAGCUAAUUAAAGGGGGUAAAAACUCUUUAUUAAGAAGUUCUUCAUUCCUAGAGUUCAAACUCGAAACCUCUAGUUCUCAUUACUGGUGACAAUUGGCUCCUUCAGUACAAUACAAAUACAAAUGUGUAAUAUUCACAUUAGAAAAGGGAAUUUCAUCAUUGUAAUUGCUAACUAUGUUUUGACUCGUAUAAGUUGUUGUUCUUGUUGUUUUACUCUUUAUAGUAAACGGAAUUCAAGGGCAACAAAGACCCUUAGAUUGGACUUCAUCGAUGGCUAGAUGAGAUUUUGUUUCUAUUGUUGUUUUACUCGUUAUAGAGAACGGAAUUCAAGGGAUAAAAAGGCCCUUCGAUAGGACUUCAUCUAUGUCUAGAAGAGAUUUUGUUUCUAUUGUUGUUUUACUCGUUAUAGAGAACGGAAUUCAAGGGAUAAAAAGGCCCUUCGAUAGGACUUCAUCUAUGUCUAGAAGAGAUUUUCUUUCUUUCUAUUGUUGUUUUACUCAUUAUAGAGAACGGAGUUCAAGGGAAACAAAGACCCUUAGAUAGGAUUUUCAUCUAUAGCUAGAGGCGAUUUUCUUUCUAUAGUUGUUUUACUCGUUAUAGAGAACAGAAUUCAAGGGAAACAAAGACCCUUCUAUAGGACUUCAUCGCUAUGUUGCUCGGACUCGGCUGUUUUGCCACCGAACCCGUCUCGACACGAGACUGAGGCGGGGACGGGUGCUUCCGCCGUCUCCGAUUCAGUCAACCGAUUUCGGAGACGUUGACCGAAAUAAAGAAGAAAUUUAACUGGAAACAUUGAAUAAUUAACCGGCAACUUACCUGAAAAAGUUCGAACCAACGACCACCGGAAUAGAGACGGCGUUGUCGAUGUGCCUUCGCCGGAAAUCAUCGUCGACGUCGCUGGAAAUCAUCAUCAACGUCGCCGGCAAUCAUCGACGCAGACGUCGUACCACCUCAGGGUACCGGAAAUCAUCGUCGUACUCUAUCAUCGGUGCAGUCGUGUUUACACAGUGACGGGUUAUUUUUUUCCAAGUCAAAGUGUGUUUUGAAACUUUUGUCUUUUCUUUUUACUAUUUUCAAUUAAUAAUUAGUUCCUUUACUAUUAAUAAUUAAUUAAUAAUAAUCUGUUGCCAGCACUGUCUGUCGGUGAGUGUAUUUUACUUUGACAGUAUUAAAUUUAACUUCUUAAUUAUAUUUAUUUUUAUUUUUAGUAAAUAAACAUGAGUUAUAAUUUUGGAAAAAGUUUUUAAUACAAAUACUAUUCCUAAUUGAAAAGUAAAAUCAGAAGACAAAAAUAACUAAAAAUAGCAAAUUAACUAAAAAUAUUUAGAAUAUCUUUAUAACUCUAUAUUUAUAAUAUUUAAUAUUUUUUUAGCCGAAUCCCCGCACCCGUAUCCACACUCGGAUUCGCACUCCCGAAUCUUAAAAUUUAUAUUUUGACGAAUCCGACUCUCGGAUACGCACCCGUCUCGGAUACCCGCACCCGAGUUCGAGCAACUUAGUCUAUGGCUAGAAAAGAGAAUUUCUUUCUUUCUAUUGUUGUUUUACUCGCUAUAGCGUACGGAAGUUCUUUCUAUUGUUGUUUUACUCGUUAUAGAGAACAAAAUUUCUUUCUUUCUAUAGUUGUUUUACUCGUUAUAGAGAACGGAAUUCAAGAGAAACAAAGGCCCUUAGAUUGGACUUCAUCAAUGGCUAGAAGAGAUUUUCUUUCUAUUGUUGUUUUACUCGUUAUAGAGAACGGAAUUCAAGGGCAACAAAGGCCCUUAGGUGGGACUUCAUAGAUGGCUAGAAGAGAUUUUCUUUCUUUCUAUUGUUGUUUUACUCAUUAGAGAUAACGGAAUUCAAGGGAAAAAUGCCCUUAGAUAGGACUUCAUUUCUGACUAGAAGAGAUUUUCUUUCUGUUGUUGUUUUACUCGUUAUAGAGAACGGAAUUCAAGGGACACAAAGGCCCUUAGAUUGUACUUCAUCGAUGACUAGAAGAGAUUUUCUUUCUUUUUAUUGUUGUUUUACUCGUUAUAGAGAACGGAAUGCAAGGGCAACAAAAGCCCUUAGGUAGGACUUCAUCGAUGGCUAGAAGAGAUCUUCUUUCUAUUGUUGUUUUACUCGUUAUGGAGAACGAAAUUCAAGGGAAACAAAGGUCCUUUGAUAGGGCUUCAUCUAUGUCUAGAAGAGAUUUUCGUUCUAUCAUUUUUUUACUCAUUAUAGAGAACGGAAUUGGAGGGCAACAAAGGCCCUUCGAUAGGACUUCAUCUAUGGCUAGAAAAGAGAAUUUCUUUCUUUCUAUUGUUGUUUUACUCGUUAUAGAGUACGGAAUUUCUUUCUAUAGUUGUUUUACUCGUUAUAGAGAACGGAAUUCAAGGGAAACAAAGACCCUUAGAUAGGACCUUAUCUAUGUUAGAAGAGAUUUUCUUUCUUUCUAUUACCGUUUUGCGAUUUCAUAUCAAAAUUAUCAGGUGCUCAAAGAAUCUUGUUGAACUAUCAUGACCUCGUAUUAAAAUUUCCUCCGGGAGAAUAUGACAUGCUAUGUAAACAUCACACUGCAAAAACUCGUCCGACGUGUUUAAAGUGACGACACGCAUAGAAAAGCGCGCUUCAGUGAAUGUGUUAAAACUCUCCCUAUAUUGUCAUUAUUUCGCGAAUUUCAUAUCUAAACUAUUGGGUGUUCAUAGAAACCCCCCCUGACCCAGCAACAACAACAUAGUGUAUUCCCGCAACGUGGGGUCUGGGGAGGGUAAAGUGUACACAGUCUAUAUGAAUACCUCAGACAAAGUAGAGAAGCUAUUUUUGAUAGAUCCCCGACGCCCGACAGUCCCAUACCACUACCUCCGACGAAGUAGAAAGGUUGAUGACUCACGACAAAUAAUAAUAAUAGAAAAGAUAGAAACAACAAACAAAAUGAGAUAACACACCAAUAGUGCAUUUUUUUAUUAAGCUCGACUAAAUUAAUUCAUUCUUUUAUAAUUUGUUUAAGUAAUUAUUAAAAUUUUGUUUUGCUUUUUUUUUUUUUAUUAUUGCUAUAUAUGACAUAUCAAACAAAAAGAAUAUUUCGACUUAAUGCUGUAAGAUGGGAUAUACUUCAAGUUUGAUUCAAAUCAAAUGUGCUAAUAUUUCAAAAUCAUAAUGAUCAUCUUAAAAAGGAAAUUUAAUUAAUUAAUGUGAUAACUAUAUACAAGGCAGACCAAUAUUUCAAUAGUUUAAACUUGUAAUAAAUUUAAUAUGUAAUUAUAUACAGCUAGAAAUUACUUAAAAUGCAAGAUACAGAAUAUCAAAUCUUAAAUAAAAAAAAAAUAGUAACGCAUCAUUACAUGCAUCUAGAGAUUAUGAACUAAACUUAUUUUUGUUAAUAAAUUUAUUUAUAUUCAUAUAAAAUGAAUUAUUUUAAACGAAAAGUAGAAUAAAUGUGUGAGAAUAAGAUAUGACAUUUAAUUAAAGCAAAGAUAUGAUAGUUUGAAAUAUAUUGAUGUAAUUAGUAUUUCUUGCAAGUUGGUUGUUUUGAAUUUGUAAAUUUGUAACGCCAUGCAAUCAUUAAUUUUCUAUAUUUGGAGGAUUUUGUAAUUACUAAUUUUGUCUAUUUAAGAGAAUUAUUUUUCUUCAUUCUAAUCAUCAAGUUAAUUUUUCAAGAACAUAAAGCAUUAGUAUAGAGAGGCAAAUGGAUAUUUUCGCGAUGAAAAAACCAUGUUCUUCUGAAGCUUCUAGCAUAUCGGCAGCCUCAGAAGAAUCUCAUGAAGUCGUUACAAAUACGAAAAAGAUGAAAGAAAACGUUGUAGAAGGCCCACAGUUGAAUAAGCCAUCAUGUGUUGAUUUACUUGUUGAUCUCAAAGUCCAUAAUGGUUUCAACAACAACAACAACAAGACGAACAGUAUGAUCAGUUGUUCGAAUCUUGAACCCAAUCUUUUCAAUUCAACUUCGACUAAUACUCAUGCUAGUGAGUCUUCCAACGAAGCUACUCCCAAGCAAAAGCGUACCUCGGAUGGUAGGACUUUCUCUUGUAACUUCUGCAAGAGAGAGUUCUCCACUUCGCAAGCCCUAGGAGGACAUCAAAACGCGCAUAAACAAGAGAGGGCUUUGGCUAAAAGGCGAAAUGGACCUGUUGAUGUUGUUUCGCCUUUUGGCCCGCCCAAUUAUCAUCCCUACUAUAAUCCCUAUUCGAAUUUCAACUCACACAUUCCAUUUCAUGGUUCUUUCGCUUCGAGACCAUCACUUGGUGGUACUGUUCAAGGCGGAAAUUCUUUCUCCGCGAUUCUUAAACCUACUACUUCCUAUCAGACUUGGCCAUUUCUUUCGAGCUACAACUUUCGAUUCAACCUUGAUAAAUGGUCGAUAUCAUCAUCAAGUUCAUCACUUUUUAGGUCAGAAAAUCCACAAGAAAAUUAUAACAUAGGUAAAAUUGGCAUUGGAGGUGCUUCUUUGGCAAAUUCUGUUAGUUUUGAAAACAAAAAAAUUGGAAAUAAUUUAACUUUAAUGAACUCACCAAUCAAUGUUGAUGAUGAUAAUAAUCUUGGUGGAAAUAAUCAUAUGAAGAAGGAGGAAGAAGAAGGGCUUGAUUUAAAUUUAAAGCUUUAAUUUAAUUUAUUGCUUUGUAUUUUUUUGUUAUUUCAUGAGUUUAUAAUUUUAGUUGAGCAUUAUGUUUAUUAAAAUGUGUAGUAUUAUUAUUCUAAUUCCUACUUUCUUGUAAUUUGGUUUGAAUAUAUUGAAUCAUUCUCUUUA